ACAGCUCUGCCCCGUUUGCACCCACACCGUCGACCGCCAGAUCUUCCGGAGCAACGCCCUCUUCACUGUUCAGCCCGACACGUCGCCCACUGCCCGAGGAGGAGAAGGUCAUCGAGGCAUGUCAGAAGGACUUUCAGUCCAGGAGGGCGUAUUCUCCCUCGUGCUUUGGAAAGCACGAACGGACGCUCUCUCAUCUGCCCUCGACAGUGACGGCGUCCUUCGUUCCAUGCACACAAGGAGAUGGCAAUCUCAUCGCCACAUCGGCCCAUUCGCUGACUCGGCUGGUGAUGGGCACUAUGUCAGCGGGAGGGUGGUCGUGUCGCGAGUGGGUGUCCAAGAGCGUCUGACGUUUCGGUGGACGCCCUCACUGAUGCACGACAUCAAGACGGCGCUCGCCGAGCAGCCCCUCGACCCAGACAGAUACAUCUUCGCGGUCCCAGCCCCUCUGCCACCCCCACCAUCCUCUAACCAAGGUAGGUGUUGAGAGGGGCAGGGGGGGGAGAGAGAGUGCGUGAGGUCGUGGGAACUGCGAAUGCAGGCGUCCCUCUGUCUGUUUGUGUUUGUGUCUGUGUUGGCAGAUGAUGAUAUGGAGAUGACUGCCGCGCCACCCCCUCUUCUCUCGCCCUCCGAGUACGUCGCGGCCUGUGAGGAGGACUUUAAGACCAAGAGGGCCUCAGCUGCCAACACAGCGCUCUCCAGACUGCCCGACCACGUGACGGCGUCCUUCGUUCUCAUCUCGCAGCAGGACGGCAUCGUGCAGGCAACCGUGGGACCAUUCGCUGACUCGGCCGGCAACGACUACCACGUCAGGGGGAACGUGGUCGCGUCGCAGCGGGAGGACAACAGGCAGCUGACCUGUCGGUGGAUGGGGAAAUUCAAGAACAGGAUCAACAUGGCUCGAGCCGACCAGCCCCUCGACCCAGAUCAGCACACCUUCGGCAAAGACAACGAGGGCAGACGGGUCCUAUUGCGCAAGAAGAGAGAGGGUGGUAGGGGCAGAGGGGGUGGGGGAGGCGGUGGUGGUGGGGGUGGGGGUGGCAGCCGUCGUGCACCGAAGAGGAGGAGGUCUGCCCCCCCGAGAGAGCCCCAGGUCCCCAAGGACGCUCCGGCCUUCUUCAAGACGCGACACCCCCAUGCUCACUGCCCCAACAUCACCGACAUAGGCAAUCUGUGGGAUCAGAUUGACUGCCAGCUCCCGGACGGCUUCGGGGUGGACUCGGUUGAUCUCAAUGUGGCCAUUCGUGCGAUGCAGUCGAUCAAGAAACGGAAGGAGCAAGACGACUGCGAUCCCGAAGCGGCUGGAGCAAGACACAGACCCAACCCACGAGAGGUCAGGCGAUCUCUGUUUGUCGGCACUCAUGUCCGUUGUUCAACUGAUAUCGUGUCAUCCCUUCCUUUCAUGGCUGUGUCAGGUCUCUGGUGUUGACGAUUUCGCAACGUUUUGGGUGGAGGAGCAUCAAGAGUGCCUAGCGGAGGAGCGACUCGACAGCGAGCAGCUGGAGGCCGAGAUUCGCGAGGCAGCCUCUCGUGAGGUCUCUGCAGUCCAGGCACGGCUUGCGAGCAUGACAGCUUCUGUGUUCCAGCCCGAUGAGUUCCUCGAGCUCGUCGACGGGGCUCUGGUGGCCGUGUCAGCAGCGGACUAUGACCGCCUGUUGCCGAUCUGGCAAGAUAGCAUCAGACAGGCAAUUUGUCUUCCGUAUCAGUACAACUUCAUCGCUUUCCAGCCCGCCCGGCAGCCAGGUGCCUCAUCGGCGCGUCGCCGGCCGCGUGGGGGCGGUGGAGGCCGGCGCGAGAGCCGGCCAUAUGAUGGCAUGUCCAUGUCGUAUCGGGGACCAGUGGCCAGGUACGGGAAUGCAAAAUCAGGUCAUACAAUGCACCUUCUUCUGUCCUCGCUUGUGAGUGCAGGUGGUGGACAGGCCAUAUGCCUGGCAUAUGGAAGGCAUUCGAGGCCUUCGUUGGAUUGGUGGAGCUGGAGAAGCUGAACGUGGUCCGCGCGCCCAACAACGAGGAGCCCGUCCGCAUUCCCAUGCCCCUCAUUGCGUCGCUUCCCAAAUGCCUCGACGCCCUCCGUGCCGCCAGCGUGGGUUUGAGCGUGUGGCUGCCUGUCGUGCUGCGGCAGGUGGCGGGUGAUUCUAUCCACGGCCUCGCUUGGAGGGACGGCAAGCGCCAGGUGCUGAGAGCAGAGGCUCUCGCCGGUCAUGCCGCUGUGCAGAGGCGCCUCUCGAUUGACGGCGCGGGUGUCGACGGCCCUCCGUCCAACGUCGUCCCGACUGGGCUGGACGUGGACAUGCUGGCGGGGGACGACCAGACGCGUGUGCAGAGUAUCGACAGUGUGAUAGCCGAUCUGGAGAGAGAGCAAAAGGCUUUGAGUAGUAUUGGAUGAGUUGGUCUGUUUAUUGUGGAUAGCGAUUUAUUGUUGUGGCCUGUACUUGAGCCCGACCAUCAUGACGAAACAGGAAGUGCGAGCUUAGCUGAGAG